CGUUGAGGGAUCUGUCAUACGAGUGACGAGUAUAAUGUUCGUGUAAUGUCGAGCGAAGAUACGCGAGGUCCUCACGACCUUAUGCCUGAUUCUGUGCGAGUUAUCACAUUCUGUGAGUACUAUCGCGAAUGUUUUUCUCUCUGGUCCGUUUGCAGCCUUCUCUUGUCGCUUUGUCAGAUUUAGUUUGAGGUUGUAUGUGCGCUCCUCCCCAACCUCCAACGUUCACCUUUUUUUAUGUACUUACCUACGAACCGCAAGUUCGUUCUCUGUUUCUGACAUUUGAGAUCCAUUUGGUGUAGUUUCGAACAGAAUAAUCUCUGAGAUCUCUCGAGGCUCGUAGUUGUCGUUUUGGUUUACAGCGCACAAUGAAUAUUAAUGUUAUUUGAUUCAAUGCCUUUUCAAUGAUGUUAAACUUUAACUUAAUCAAGCUGCUCUAGUGUAGCAAAAUGGGUAACCAGGAGUCUGCUUGCUGUGGGGGGUCCCGAGCUCCAGAGAAAGGGACCGGAGAUGGCUUCACUCUCGCUGGUGGCACCAGCACGACGAAUAACCAAAGUUUUGUUUCCAUGUUUUUCACGUCCGGUGGAGAGAAUACAGCGGGUCCCCAGACGUCGAGGGAUGCAAGACCUGGUGGAGGAGGAUCCCGUUCACUCUCAAGGUCCUCAGCAAGUGCUCGAGGAGAGCAGAAUAAGCUAAGCAGACGCACCAUAGGCAUGAUUAGCUCACUCGAUUCAGGAGAUCAUAUACCUUUGAGCCCUGCCCGUUCACCUGCGCGAGAGAAAACUAGCUCGUCCAUUCUCGCAACCACGUAUGAAGAGCAUAAAAGUGCUCUAUCCCAGACCGGGGAGCGGGAAAGCGAGAAAACGCAGGAACAUUAUAGCGCGAUGUCUGAGCCUCCGACAAGGGAACAUCACAGCGCGAUGUCCACUAUCAAGCCUGCAUCUGACAGCAAUGCGCCGUGGCAAAUUUCAGAAAGAGCCGCCUCUGCGAAAAACAGCACCCAACAAGGAGGUGUUGGAGGUGAUAACAAUAAUUCGUCAAGCUAUGUUGUUGACUCUGCCAGCUCGACCGACGAACGCGAGGCAAGCGUUAUCCUAGAAGAAAACCUGUCUUUUCCCGCUGCAAUGUUGAGAUCAGGCUUUACGAUACUAACUGAAGCAAUCUUGCCAGGAACCCGGAAGAUCUUUCGACGUCAAUUUCAGGAGUAUCCUCCGCCGGACGGCACCGUCUAUAGCGUCCUUAAUGCGCAACAAGUGAAACAGGUAUACAUGUACCUAAAGCACACGCAAUCGGAAAUGGAUGAUUUUCAGGGACGGACAUUAUCAUUAAAAAAUAGGAUUCUGCAAUGAGGUUUAGGCGGAGUUUGUGUUUAAAAAUACUCAUGUUGAAAUGCAUAGGCAACGUUUAUUGUAGUUUAUCGGCCUUUUGUUAUUGAAAUGCUUAUCCUCUUCUAUCACUUUCUCACUACUUCUUCUAGGUAAAGCAGUACCUUCUCCGUGAGUAUGGUCACCAGUUUUCGCGUCGCGGGAUUGCCCUUAUGGUCGACGUCGUUGGUGUUUCGGAGGACGAUGUGGAGGGGUCCAAUGAUUGCUGUGAACACUCUGCACGGCUGAUCUGCUUAGUUUUAGGAGUGCUGGAAACCAACCGAGCAGGCGGUCUCGAGGACCAAAAAGAGAAUCAGGAAGAAUUGAUGAUGGCGAUGUUCCCAUUCGUGUACGGGGAAGAUGCCUUAAUCGAAACAUACGAUGACGAGACGUUGAAAAAUCUGGAACUCGAUUUCUAAGAAUACGACGAGUCGCUCAGCAUGACGAAAAAGUGAUUCUAAGGCAGAACAUCAAGUACAAGGGGCGCAUCUUGUGACAUGAUACGAUGAAAAAGCAGAAAACCGCCGGAGAGAAGCAUGGAGAAGAGAAGGAAUAUGACAGAUACUAGAAGACCCCGACCGUGCUUAACAAGAUAGAGAGAACCUAAACGACGGAUAAAGAAAUGGCGUACGUAGCCCGCCCCAAUUCUAAAAAUACGAUUAAGCAGAUGAUAGCUCGCCGAUUGAAGCAAAAAAAAAUUGUUGAAUAAUUCCCCAUUUGUUACAUAGCAUGACGGAAUCGGAAGAAUGGAUGAUGGCGAUGUUGACAAGGUUGUCAGCCUAUAGAAUGCCCAUGGACACCUCAGCUUUGAUAUUUUAAGAAGAUGAUAACUCGCCGAUUGAAGCAAAAAAAUAUUGUUGAAUAAUUCCCCAUUUGUUACAUAGCAUGACGGAAUCGGAAGAAUGGAUGAUGGCGAUGUUGACAAGGUUGUCAGCCUAUAGAAUACCCAUGGACACUUCAGCUUUGAUAUUCAAUUUCAACUGCAACUUGUGUUUUGUAGAAAAAAUGCUUAUCGAGAUGAAAGACCUUUGAACGAACUAGCUCGGCACUUAACAAACAU